GAGGCUGCCCAAGUGGAAUAAAUGUUUACACUUUCGCCGUUCCAUGUUUGUUUUAUUUCCGUUGUGGGCCGGUACCUUACAUGGGCUGAAGACGCUGUAACAGAUGAAUUUAAUCCCUUUACUCAUUUGUUAUACCUAUUACUAUUACGAACUCUGAUAAUGAGCACGCGAUUGGAAAAUGUCGAACUGCAACUUUCCGAAGUUGAAAUGCUGCAGAGUAUGUUUCCAGGGAAGGAUGAAGUUGUGUUUGAUGAUGAAGUAAUUAUAGAUCAAAUGAAAAAUUACCUCGGAAAUGAUGGUGAUGACCCAAACAAAACCCUAAAAUUCACUCUGAAAUAUGAAUUGAAGGACGCGAUCAGCUGUAUUUUAAGGGUGGAAUUCAUGCUUCCUGUAAAUUACCCUUCAGAGGAGAAUAUAUCCGUUCAAGUUAGAUGCCAGAAAAUGUCCAAAUUACAAUACAAAGAUAUUAACGAAGAAAUGAAAAAACUUAUUGAUGAAAUUGGUGUGGGUGAUUUAUGUAUAUUUCAAAUUAUAGAAUGGCUGAAUGAAAAUACUGAAAACUAUAUUACACGAGAAAGCAAUCAAUCUAAAGAAGCUGGUGUGGAAACAAAUCAAUCAGAUAAUGUUUGCCAACAAUUUUCGCGAUAUUGGAUUUAUAGUCAUCACAUAUACAGUAAAACAAAAAGGAAAAACAUAUUAGAAUGGUCAAAAGAACUUCAACUAACUGGAUUCAGUAUGCCAGGAAAACCUGGUGUUGUGUGUGUAGAAGGACCAAUGAAUAAUUGUGAAGAGUUUUGGCAAAGAAUGAAACGACAAACUUGGAAGAGGUUAAGUCUGGCACAUAAAGAAGAUGGAGUGUUAAGUAUUGACUCUGCAUCUUCUAGCUUUCAGAGGAAGUUUCCAGAUGUUGUUACGGAGAAAGACUUUGGGGUUCAUGGUGGAAGAGAUUAUCACAUGGAUCUUGGACAAUUUGCUGCUUUUCUUAAAAAACAUGACAGUCAUGAGAUUUUUUCUCUUUUAUUUGGUGUUGAGGGCAAAGAAAAGACCUUAAUUCCCUAGAUUGGUUUUUACAAAAAAAAAUUAUUAGUUAACCACACGGCCAUCAUUCUCAAAUCUCAGCAAUAAAGUUACCUGUGUGUGAUAUGUAACUGUGGCCUCGACCCCACGAUCUGUAAUCAUAUUGGGUUUUAUUCAAGAUUUAUCAUUAUAGCUAGCCUGUAGCUGCAUUUCUGUGCAAUAGCUGAUAUAAUAAAGUACGUUACUUUAUAUUUGAUAAUAAACUGCUAAUAGUAAGUCAA